GAUCUAGGCCAUAAGUUAACCGAUCCUGUUCGACAUAAUUAAAGUCUAAGAAUUCCCAUGUACGAUGGUAAAUCGUUGCAAGUGAAAUCAAUCAAAAUCAUCGGUUGAACUAUUAUCUGGCAUUUGUUAAAACGACAAAAAUGUAUAUUUUCUAAUAAUUUAUACUUGUCGUUCCUACAUAUGACGGCUAAAUCGGAUGAAUUGCUGACUUUAUUUUGCGAUCGGUAUCUUCCAUCUUCCAGCUAACGUUGUCUUUGAAAGCUUGAGGGAUGUAUGUAUGUAUGUAUGAUGUGAGUGACCGAACUCAGUAUAGAAGAACAAUGAAAGGAGGAUAUAAAAUGAAUAUCAUCGUAGAUACGUUGAACGUGGCAUUUUGUAAUUCGGUAUCGAGACAUUAGCUUUCGCUUAUAAUUUGAUACGGAUUUGUCCAAUUUUAUAGGCCAUCGGAAUAGCGCUGAAUUUGAAUCAUUUAUCAUUCAUUUCCGAUGUAGUCGUAAUUUGUAUAAAAAUGAUAAAACUAUACGUUGAUAAUAUACAAGUUAUUGUAUUAAAAUAUUUUAAUGGAUACGCAUAUAUACAUAUAUAUCGUAUAGAAGAAAAAAAAAAGGAUCCGUUUGCGUAAUAAAAUAAAUUCCUUUUGCGGAGUCUUCUGUUGGGAAUAUAUCAGAUGUCCGAAUACAAUGCGAUAGUUGUGCUCCAAGUGCGAACACGGAAAAGUUUGAAAUGAUUCAAUAUGUAGCAACCAGUAAUAUCGUGAUAAUAUAAAGUGUGAUUAGAAAGUCGUGUUUGCCAAAUUAAGAAACGAAAUACAUUUUUCCCCCUUAAUGUUUGAUACGAAUAAGUAUUCAUUUUGUAUCGUUCUAUUCUCUCUUCUUUACGAGGAGUUUCGUGUAAAGGAUAUCUCCGUGAAAUUCUCUUCAGUGAUAAAUAGGUAACGGGAUCGUGUCUCGUAGUGCAGUGUGUAGCUGUGGUGGUAGUGGUAGUAGCGGCGGCGGCUACGGCGGCAACCGCGACGGUGGCGGUGUUGGUGGUGGUGGAUGGUGGUGGUAGUGGUGAAAGAAAAGGGCGGUAAAGCACAGUAAAGCAUUCUGACGCGCGUAGAACGUUAAAAAAACAUAGUAUCUAUCUCAGGGUCGUGACCAAACGGUGAUUUUGCAGUCCGAAUUAAACGGUCGACGGAUUAGUAUGCGAAGACUCAGUAUGCGAACAAAACGCAGGAAGUCCGAGAGAAACAGUGAGAGCGAAACUGAAGAAAAUGGCGUCCAGUCGCAGAAGCGUAACGAUACAUCCGAUAGCUCGAUUGAUACUGACGAAAAUAAUAAGAAAGACAAAGAAAACGAGUCCGAUGAAAGCGAGGAUCAGAGUUCGCAACUAAAUCGAAAAUCGAGCGGAAAAAAGCGCCUUUCUCGGGGGCGUCAAAGUGAAGAACAAAAGACAACGUCGAUGGCAAAUAGCAAACAAACAUCGAAAUCGAAGAAACAACAACUGGAAGAUGCCGAUGAAAUGAAGAGUAGCGCAGAUGAAGAAAAUGGUAAUGUAACGAGGCGGGGAGCAAACAAAAGACGUAAAAAAGACGAAGUGAAAACAGAGCAAAAGACAUCUCCUACGUCUAGUCGCGGUGCAGCAGACGGUGAACAGGAGUAUGAGGUCGAUAAAAUCGUUGGUCAUCGUACCAUCAAAGGUAGACGACAAUUUCUGGUAAGAUGGAAAGGAUACGGAGAAGAUUCGGAUACCUGGGAACAAGAAAAAGAUUUGAAUUGUCCUAAACUUAUCGAAGAUUUUCUGACGGAAGAUGCCGAAACCGAAGAAACCAUAUCAGAAAAAUCUGCUAAAUCGAUUAAAAUUAAAUCGCCAAAAGCAGAUAAGAAAAAAGAUAUUAAAAAAUCCAAACAUAAUAAAAGACAAUCCAAUUUAUCAGAAGAGGAAAAUGAUUCUGAUAGUGCAAUUAAAAAUGAUGAGAGUCAAAAGGAGUUCGAAGUUGAUAAAAUAAUAGAAGUACAUUUUAAGAAAAAUAAAAAGAGAGAAUUCCUUAUUCGUUGGAAAGGCUUUAGUGCUGCAGAUGACACUUGGGAGCCAGAAGAAAAUUUAAAUUGUCCUGAUCUAAUAACUAAAUUUAUGGAAAAAGUUGAAAAAGCAAAAACUACAGAUAUGCGACAACUAAGAACAAAUCCUACCCAUACAAAACGUUACACAUUAUCAACACAUGAUUCAGGAAGAAGACUGUCACGUCGACAUAUGGACAAACAAAGAAUAAUCUUACGUAUGUAAUAUUGAAGAGAGAAAAGU